GGAGGAAGCUCAGCACAGAGGAAGCAGAGCUGAAGCAUCUGGAGAGCAGUGCUUGUGAGCAUUUCUGGAGCCCAGGCUCUUCUCACAGAGGGAGGGACAGAGCAGGCAGCAGACACCAUGGAGCCCCCCUCAGCCCCUCCCCACAGAGGGCACAUCCCCUGUCAGGGGCUUCUGCUGGCAGUCUCACUCUCAACCUUUUGGAACACACUCACCACUGCCCAACUCACUAUUGAAUCAGUGCCGACCAAUGCUGCUGAAGGAAAGGAUGUUCUUCUGCUUGUCCACAAUCUGCCUGGGAAUCUUGCCGCCUAUGGCUGGUACAAAGGGGACAGAGUAGAUCCCGAUCAACAAAUUGCAUUGCAUGUGAUAGAGCGACUAGAAAUUAUCCCAGGGCCUCUAUACAGUGGUCGGGAGAGAAUGUACCCCAAUGGAUCCCUGCUGUUACAGAAGGUCACCCAGGAGGACACAGGAUACUAUACCCUACAAGUCAUAAAUAAAAAUUUUCACAGUGAAGUAGGAACUGGACAACUCUGCAUAUACAAGCCAGUGGCACAGCCCUCCAUCCAAGCCAGCAACAUCACAGUCACAGAACAGAAGGACGUCGUGGUCCUGACCUGCCUCACCAAUGACACUGGGAUCUCCAUCCAGUGGUUCUUCUAUAACCAGAGUCUGCGGCUGACAGAGAGGAUGAAGCUGUCCCACGAGAACCACACCCUCACCAUAGACCCAAUCACAAGGGAGGAUGCCGGGGAUUAUCAGUGUGAGGUCUCCAACCCAGUCACUUCCAUCAAAAGUGACUUCAUCACCCUGGCUGUGAGCUCAGAAAAAAACACCACAGGCCUCCCUGUGAGGGCCAUUGCGUGCAUCGUGAUUGGGGUCCUGGUCGGGGUGGUGCUAGUGGCUGCCCUGGGGUAUUUCCUGUUCCUUACAAGGACUAGCAGGUACGAUGGUAUCUCUCACACGCUGCUCCUGUCCCCCAGGCUGACCCCAGGGCAGGAGGAAGGAGACCCCUUCCUCAGAUUCUGAGCCUGGCUCUCCACAGCCCCCCAACUUCCCUGGUGGAUUGUCCCCUCUCCUUCCAUCCAGCUCCUCCCUCACCAGCCACUGACCUGGGGCCGCUUCCUCAACCUUCCUUAUUUAUAGAUUAGGCACAAGUAAGGAACCAACCCUUUAAUGUUGUCCUAGUUCACUCAGCGGACGCACAGUGGUGCUGGCAGAUAGUAAGAGCUCAGUGAAUGGUACCUCCUGUUCUUUAUUUCUUUCUGCCCAUCCGGUGAGGGGAAUUUACAGCCUGCAUCUGAGGGUCGUCCUGGCCAAGAUCACACAGCAGAGAGUGGAAAAACCUGGACAGGCUGGGUGGAGUCAAAUGCCCCGCAUGUGGCAGAUGCGGUAACCACAGCCCCUGACAUGUGAGACGGAGAACCUGGGCCUGGCCAGGACAGCAGAUGCCAGAAUGUCCUUUACGCCCCAUGUCCAGGCAGAUGGAGAUAAAGGACAAGGCCACUGUCACAUCUCAGCAUCUCCUGGCCUGAGGGGCGGGUGUAGUAACAGCAGGGUCUCCACAUUCAGCAAGCUCCAAGCUCCUCAGGCCCCCCAAGUGUCCUACACACGCUGGCCUGCUUUCCUUCUGAGGGUCUCGGCACUUCCACUCAAUCAGACCCUGGGGGUUUGAUUCCUUUCCUGGGUCCUUUGUCCCUUCUUGACAACUUUCUCCUGGACCCCCAUCUGCCUGCGGGUCCUCCCCCUCGGGGCCCAGGACAGAUGUGGCUUCUUAAGGCCUUUCCUCAGAUCCCCUCUCCUGGGCCCUCCCCUCCUAAACAGCAUUGGUGGAGAAAGGAGGUCUCCACCCCCUCCUUGGAAGUGAAGACUCCCUUUGUCCCCUCUUCUGACACCAAAGCUGUGACCUCUCCUGGCACCCCUCACAAACAAGCCUGACCUUUACUAGGACCAGAGGCCAGCCUGACCUCACAGAGCACCGGCCUCCAGCAUCCUCCCCAGGCCGUGGUUCCUCCAGUAGCUCUGCCUCCCCGAACAUCCAAGACAAGCAAGCGCCACCCUGGCCAGGAGUGGGCCCUACUUCCGGAGCAUUACCACCCCACAUCCCUGGUCCCCUCAGUCAACCUGAGGAGAAUCCUGGAGACCAGCCAGGAGUACAUUGGGUGUCUGGAGCAUCAGUCAGCGGUCCUGGGCUAACGAAGGUCAGGGGGCAGCAUGAACCAGGAUUGGGGUGCAGGGCCACAGGCUUGGAGAUUGCUGUUCAGGAGGCAGUGCCGGUCACUCCUGAGGAGAAAUGACUCUCCCCCGCUGUCCCCUGAUGCCUGCUCUCUCCCCUUCCCAGGCCCCUCUACCUGGCUCCAGGACAGUCAUUCCCAUCUACCAGGAAUUACUACAUCCUCAUGCAAACACUUACUGUCAGAUUAACCACAAAGCAGAUGUGGCUUCUUAGUUUCCUUCAGGAACUUCCCCUUAAGGGCUGUGGGGAGAGGCCCUCCUGAGACAACCCCCCCCCCCAACCCAGCAAGUCCCUUGUGGGAUCAAGAGCUGCAGCCUGAGCCAGAGAAUCAGCUCUGAGCUCUGAAGAUAUUCAGGGACCUGAGCCUAGGGAUUGGGGACCCUCCAGGAUGUCUGGAGACCCAGACAGGCUUCCCUGAGCCCUGGAUGGAAGAGAACAAAGUCUCCCAUCCCCCCAAAGGAAGUGGGGGGCUCCUAGGGAAAGUGGCUUGGCCUGUAACCCACUGUUGACCACCUGAGACAUCUGAAUAAAAAGGACUUUCCCCUCA